AUGUCUCCAACGAAUGCUGCUGCCACUACAACCACAACCAGUACAUACAGAUACAAGUCUUUUAGCGAGUUUUAUCCAUUCUAUCUUUCACAACAUCAGAAUCCAAUUUGUAGAUUGCUGCAUGUGAUCGGUACCUUAGGAGGAGCAUGUAUGUGGGGAUAUUGCUUUUCCACGAAAAAGUAUUGGCUCCUUCCAGCUGGUUUGGUUAUUGGUUAUGGAUUUGCUUGGAUUGGCCACUUUAUCUUUGAGAAAAACAAACCUGCCACGUUCACUUAUCCUUUAUGGAGCUUUAUGGGUGAUUGGAAGAUGAUGUUUGAAGUUUUGACAUUUAGAAGAGGAUUAUCAGAUUAA